AUGGAUCACAAUCAAGAUGCUAAAGACAGCCAUGAUGUUGAUGAUGCGCCGCAAUCAAUCAUUGCGCAGCCUACUUGGACAGAUGACGAAGAAAAAGCAGUCGUUAGAAAGCUCGACAUGAUCCUUAUGCCUCUUCUCGUCCUCGGUUUCUACGCCCUCCAACUCGACCGCAGCAACAUCAGCAACGCCCUAACCGACACGCUCACAACCGAUCUAAACAUGACCAAAGACGACGUCAAUCUUGGCGACCAACUCAUGAUGGCAGGCAUAAUCAUCGCCGAGAUCCCCUCCAACAUUAUUCUCCAAAAGCUCGGCGCGCCGAUAUGGCUUACGGGCCAGGUACUCAUCUGGGGAACUGUUGCUCUGGCGCAAGCUUGGGUUACGAAUGUGCAUUCCUUCUUUGCGACGCGAUUUCUUUUGGGGUUUUUUGAAGCUGGUUUUAUUCCGGGUGGACAGUACAUGCUUGCGCUGUUUUAUCGCGAGAAGGAGUUGGCGCUGAGAACUUCGAUAUUCUAUUUUGGGAAUUAUUUUGCUACUGCUACGGGAUCCUUGAUCGCUGCUGGUGUUUUGCAGAUGGGCGGUAUAGCUGGUCUGGCUGGUUGGCAGUGGCUCUUCAUCAUUGAAGGUAUCUUCACCUUAGUGGUCUUCUUCAUCUUCAUCCUCCUUCUCCCUCGAUCGCCAAUGCACACGAAACCUAUCCACGGCCGUUUCGACCUCUUCACCUCACGCGAGCGUGAAAUCAUGCACGAUAGAAUUUACCAAGAAGAUAUCUCCAAGACCGAAGCCCACGCCAACAUCACCUUUCGCGGUGUCAUCGCCGCCCUCACCGACUACCGCAUAUGGAUCCACACUGUUCUAAACGUCGUCUCUCUCGCUCCCAAGGGCGGUCUUCAACUCUACGGGCCAACCAUCAUUCGAAGCCUAGGCUUCAGCAAGAUCAACUCCAAUCUUUUAAACUCCGUCAGCAGCUUCCUCGUUGUUUUUCUGAGCUUCGCCAUCGCCUGGGCGUCUGAUAAAACGAAGCAACGAGGGUUAUGGUGCGUGGUCGCGUUUCUUUGGAGUAUUACAUUCGGUGGUGCUCUGUUUGGAUCAACUGAUAAAGACAAGUGGACCAAAUACGCCCUCUUCACCCUCUUGAGCAGCGGCAAUGCACUAUCUCAAGGCCUUAACGAUGCUUGGUUGAGUAUUAAUACUCGAUCUGCUGAGAAGCGCAGUAUUGGCUUGGCGUUGGUUGUCAUUGGGAGUAAUGCUGGUGGAUUAGCUGGAAAGCAGCUUUUUCGUGAGAGCGAUGCGCCAAAGUAUACAAAGGGAUUUUUGGCUAUUGUUUUGUUGUAUGCUGCUGCUCUGCCGAUUACUGCUGCGAUUAUGGGGGUUUAUUGGCGACAGAAUAAGAAAUUGGCCAGGGAGCUUGUUCAGAAUGAGGGGGACGUUGAUCAGAACGAAAGUCCGUCCCCUCACCCCCCGCAGCGUUCUCAUUCUAACACUCGUAGAAAACUCCGCAAUCGCCUAUCUCAACGAGCUUUUCGUCGUAGACAGGCAGAAUGCAUCAGAGAGCUGAAAAACCGCGUGAAUGCAGAUCAGAGAUCUGAUAGUGAGCGUGUAGAAGCGCUUCAGAAGGAGAAUAGAUUGCUGCGACAGCAGUUGAUUGAUGUUCAGACUAAGAUGUCGCGGAUGAUGGCGUCGGUGCAGUUGUUGAGUGAUUCGGUGGCUAAGACACUUGAUGAUACGGCGGGUGGUGAGAGGGAGAGGGAGAGGAGUGAGCAGGUGAAUGGAAAGACUGGGAAUGACGAGCAGAUUGUUGAAAAGGCAUCGUUGCAAUCGAUUGACUUGGAGGCGUUUGAUCCGUCGAUUCUGGACUUUGAUGCACCGUUUUCAUCAUCAAACGUCACUGCUCCCUCGACAGAUAACGGCCUCACAUCAGAACUCAUCAAUGUCGCUGGCACAAGUCCAUUCUACUCUCAGAUCCCCAAUAUCUGGAGCCAUGAGUAUCAGAUGGGAAUGCAGCCUUAUCUAACUGCCAUCAACGCGACAGCCGAAUCGAGCAUGGUUCUUGGUAAAGAUUACUCUUUUACCAAUUCACCAUUCUCGGAUCAUAUUCAACUGCUCCAGAGAAUGUUGAAGAAUAAGCUCAAUACUCUUGGAUUCGUUCCAGAAGGUCAUAAUCCUGUUCAGAGUGUCUACCAACCAGUCCUCAUGGUCUUGUCCAUGUUCAACAGCAUGACUCGUCCAGACGUGAUGGCCUGGUACGCCAAAACACGCUUCUAUCACAUCAUCGAGCUCACAGCCUGGCAACUCUACCCAUCAUCCGCAACCUUCAACAAACUUCAUCCCCGGUACCGCCCUACAAAAGCCCAGCUAGAAAAUCCUCACCCCGGCAUCAUCGACUGGAUCCCCUUCCCUACAAUUCGCGAUCGCUUAAUCCAACUGCACUCUGCAAACCCUCACAUCGACCAGAUCUUCUGCGACGCUGUAACAGGCUACGUCGUUGAAGCCCUCAUGUCAGAUCUUGUCCUCGGAGCCCCGCAGAUAACGGUCUACGUUCGUGUAACAGACCUCAUCAACACAAUGUCCUCCGGGACAUCCGAGAGCGAAAACACAAUCGCUAUGCUCCCCGCACCAGAUAUUUCAACUUUAUUUUCAUCGCCUGCGUAUGCUCGCGCUGCAUUUAAUAAAUUGAAUAUGGACAAGGGCGCAGGAUACUACAAGAUCGACCCCGCAUUCUUCGAAAAGUAUCCUGAACUCUGGGACCAAGCUAGCGAUCUCACAGCAACGGGAAUGCCACUGAAGCCAAAGUAUCAAAAGAUUCUUACGUAUCCGAAACCGCUCGACUCCUCAACUGUGGAGACCUAUCGAAGCUUCAUCGACUUUUCUCUCGAUGCAGCGAAUACGAUAUCAAUGUCCCCAUGA